AUGGACCUCUUCGACGGCUCGACGAGCGAGGAGGACGACGGCGACACCGUCGGCGAGGUCGUCGCGGAGCUCGCGCGGCUCGUGCCGCCCGUCGGCGCCGUGAAGCCCGUCAUCGUCGUGGCGCCGGACGUCGACGGCGCCUACGAGGACCGCGCGCGCGGCGCCGGCUUCGACGUCGCGUCGCCGGGCGCCGCCUGCGACGCGCUCGUCGUGCACGCGCUCGGCGACGCCGUCGCCGCCGUCGCGCGCGGCGGCGCCGUCGCCGUCGUCGGGCCGGCCGCGGCCGCGGCGAGGAGCGCCGGUCCCGCGCUCGUCGAGCGCUGGCGCGGCGGCGCCGCCGUCGUCUUCGGGAAGCGGCUGUGCACGGCGGACGAGGUCGGCUGCGCGCCGCGGCCGCCCGCGUCGGAGGCGGAGCACGAGCGCGCGCACGGGCUCGCCGUCGCGGCGCGGCGCGCGGCCGGCCCGCUGCCCGCGGCGGCCUUCGCGGCGCGCGCGGCGCGGACGUUGCGGUCCCAUGGUUUAGUCAUCCUGCCGGGGCUGCUCGACCCGGCCGUCGCCGACGGCCUCGCCGCGGACGCGCUCGCGGACUUCGAAGCCUGCCGCGCCGCGCUCGUGGAACACCGCGGCGUCGACCUCAUGGACCCGGGCGCGCCGCACGUCGAGACCUACCGCGAGCUCGCCAUGCGCGAGGACCUGCGCUGCGACCUCCGGGGGACGCCGCGGUUAAAGGGAGAGGAAGGAGCGGAGCGGCGACACGCGCUCCGAAACAACGGCGCGCUCCGGGAGAUCUGCCGCCUCGCGAGCGAGGCCCCGCGGACGGCGGCGCGCCGGGGCAACUUUGGGUUGUGGAACUUCGACCUCGGCGGGCCCGACGCGCCGAAGCGCGCGCUCGACGCGGGGCCCGUCGGCGCCGUCGUGAGCGUGCCCGGCGCCGCGGAGCAGGCCCUGCACGCGGACGCGCCGCACCUCUUCGACGACCGCGUGCUGCCGCCGCACUACCUCAACGUCUUCCUCUACGGCGGCGCCGCGGCCGCGGACCCGGCCGCGGGGCAGACGGCGUUCGUGCCCGGGUCCCACGACCUCGCGACGUGCGCGCGGCUCACGGACGAGGCCGAGCCGCGGGACGUGCUCUUGCGGCGCGUCCAGGACGCGCUCGUGCGCCCGCGGCUCGCGGCCGGCGACGCGCUCAUCUUCGACGCGCGCGUGCUCCACUUCGGCCUGCCGAACCGGUCCCGGCGCGCGGUCCGCGCGGUGCCCUACGCGAACUUCACGGAGUUCUGGUUCCGCGACCCGAAGAACUGGGACGACAACGAGAGCGUGUGGACGGGCACGAAGGCCUGCGACGUCGCCGUGAGCGGGAUCCAGAAGCUCCAGCAGACGGGCAGCUGCGCGGGCAGCUCGCGCGCGUAG